GCUUGAAAGGAGGAGAUGGCCACGGCAGAAAUCACAACACUUCCCGCUGUACCUGAGGACGGCGCCGCUGGCGGCUUUCCUCCUGGGAGCUUCAAGGACCCCAAGAGACUGUACUGUAAAAAUGGUGGCUUUUUUCUGAGGAUUAAACCCGACGGGGGUGUGGAUGGAAUCCGGGAGAAAAACGACCCUCACAUAAAGCUACAGCUGCAGGCGACCUCAGUGGGAGAGGUGAUCAUCAAAGGAGUUUGUGCAAACCGUUAUCUGGCGAUGAACAGAGAUGGACGGCUGUUUGGAGCGAGACGACCAACAGACGAGAGCUACUUCCUUGAGAGACUUGAGAGCAACAACUACAACACCUACCGCUCCAGGAAGUACCCAAACAUGUACGUGGCGCUGAAGAGGACUGGCCAGUACAAAUCUGGGAGCAAAACCGGACCGGGUCAGAAGGCCAUUCUCUUUCUACCAAUGUCAGCAAAGUGCUAACCGGGUGUCAGAAAGAGAGAGAGAAUGUCUUUUGGACGAUGUGAAGCCAAUGACCACAGUGUGGGAUUGGCUUUGCCUAAAACAGCUGUGACAAUCUAACUAUUUCCUUUGGAACAUGUGUGAUUAAUUCAGCUUUAAAUCCAAACACUACCACAUAUUUAAAUGCAUUACUCCAGGUUUAGUCCACAGAGAGCAGCCAUUCAGCAACUAGAGCCGAAAAACGUGGAGGUUAAAGUAAAAUCCAUAUUUAAAAUUGCAGGAACACUUCCAGACUGUUACACAUUCACAUUAAAUAGAUAAAAAUUAGCUUUUAAAGCUGUCUCUUAUCUAUGUAACAGAAUUUGUGGAAAAUCAGAGUCAGUUUAACUGAUUUAAAUUUUAAAGAAAGUAUUAAAUUAAAAAUGUUAUACUUUGUAUAAUAAAUAAUGAAUUUUAUAUCAACCACCACAAUGUGUUUCAGCAGCAAUAACAAAACCUAAUCCUGAGUAAGGAAGAAAUGAUUAAUCCGAUUAAUCAAUUUUUGAAAUAAUCGUCAACUAAUUCAGUAAUCGAUUAAUUGUAUACAGACUCAAAAAAAGCCCAUUUGCUGAAAAAAAAACAAAAAAAAACUCAUAGUAGUAAUUCAGCCAAAACUGUAAAAUAUUUAAAUAAAAUUGGCAUUUAAGAUGAAAACAACUUUGUCUCAAAAUAUUUCUUCCCCAAACUCCUCAAGUGUUUUAACUUCACCCAGUUUAAAUUCACUGUAGGAAUGCCAUGUUAUUACUUUUAGGCAAUAAAAUGUUUAUUUUUUUUAUUUUAAAAAGGAACUGAAUUAAUGAUUUUAAUAGAGUAUUAAUAAAAGACUUAAAUGGUUUAAUAAAAAAAAAAAAUAUCAAUUAGUUGAUAGAAUAAUCAAUUACUAAAAUAAUCGUUGGCUGCAGCCCUAAUCCUGACUAAAUGAAAACUACAGAAUCUGCAGUACCUGAAGAGUCCCGGUUAACACUGGGCAAUAAAUCAGCAGCUGAGCUCUAGGAUUUAGCAGGAAGCUGUCUGUGGUACAGCUGGUAGAACGUCCCAGAGUAGACGGCCGGCAGCUCUUCCAUGGUGAGGUCGAUUUUGUCGAAGCCGUGCUCCAGGCCGUGCAGCAGCAGCCGGGCAACCCGAGCCGUGAUGGGCGUGGUGCUGCUGGUCUCGGCCAGCUCGCUCACCCUCAGCCACUCGCAUCGCAGACACUCAUGAGGGCAGAAGUUGAUGUCGUAGGUGAGCGGGCUCAGCCGGCAGAUGAGGUACAUGUCCGACAUGUUGAAGGCGCCCGGGUGCUGGUGCUGCUGCCGGAUGCUGAGCAGGGACCUGAACUCGGAGCGCACACCCGUCUCUUCAAACACUUCACGGACAGCGGUGGAACCUGAGGGAGAUUUGCUACAAGUUUAUAUCACUGUGCAAAAGUUUCAAACCACCCCAUUUCUUUACGCUUUGCUUUCUGCCAGUCAAACAUUACUGUAAUCUUUAAAAGUUGUCUUUAUCACUCCAGGGAUUUCAAAUCUCCCUCUUGGAGUUUGGUUGCUUUUUCACUCGUUUUUCAGUCCAAUCUUCCUACCUUACCAUCAUGGUGUGAGUUACCAGUGGGAAUAAUCUUCCUAACUGAGGCUUUUACCUCUUAAAAAUGUUAAAAAAUAACAUUUGGAUAUUUCAUGCUGCAUGUAUUCAAACUGGGUGGUACAGCUUAAUCAAUUAAUCAAUUUUAAGUGAUUUUUCCACCUUAAUUUUCCUUAAAAAAGAAAAAUUACAGAAAAUGUCAUAAAAAUGGCUUUUAUUUAAAUUAUUUCAAUAAUUGUAUCUAAAGGAAUCUUAUUAUGUGGCUGGAAUCUUUUAACUCAAAGUUGAAAUAAACAGAAGGUUUAAAACUGACUUCUCAAACAAUAUGGUAGUUCUUGGGUGCGCUAACAUCGCUCAGGUCUUUGGAAACUCAAGGAAUGCAUUGGUGAAAAAAAAUGCAGAUUUUACAAAAGUUAAAUAUUCAAAAACAGAAAAUUUGAUUAGUUGAUAAAACCAAUUUAUCACCCAACCCCUAAAUCAGAUAUGUAACUUUAAGCUUCAACAUUUGAAAAGGGACUCCAAAGAAAGAAGAUCAAAACUGUUGAAGUGAAUUAACUUUUAUGUCAUUUUACUCAAAGUUUCUGACACCUUUCUCCACUUACAGUUUCACUAAACUAUGUCAGAAAGUAGGAAAGGUGACCCUUACGAGCUCAAGUUGACAUACGACUUGUAGUUCAGAAUCUGCUGCUGAAACUAAGUGAACUGUCAGAGGUUAAGUUUUGAAUCAUGUUUUUCAGACUGGAUUGACCAGGAACUAAAGAUAGGACGGCCUUUAGGAGCUUCCCGGGUUAAUGGUUGAUGAACUGCAUUUCAUUUGUCACAAGACCAAAGAUCACCACUGAGGCAAAAGUAAAUUAAUAACUCUUCCUAAAAUUCUCCAAAAUAUGAAUUUACUCUAGAACAGGAGUGCCCAAAGUCGGUUCUCGAGGGCGGGCAUCCUGCAUGUUUUACUUCUCUCCCUGGUGGUAGGAACAACCUUCUCAGAAUGUCAGUAUUCUCCUAAAGCCUCUAAUGAGCCAUCAUUUGAUCCAGGUGUGUUAAACCAGGGAGAGAACUAAAACACGCAGGGUGUUGGCCCUCAAGGACCGACUUUGGACACCCCUGUUCUAGAUCAAAGCUGGUAUUUAUGUUUGAGGACUCCAAGUGCCAUAAACUUCAAUAGGUUCAAUAGUAACGAACAACUACCAGAGAAAGGCUCUUCAUUGUGGUCUCCGUUAGAGUUCAUUUAAAAUAAAUCUUUCUUUAAGACCAUUGCUACCAAUGAAGGAUAUUCACUGUUUUGGAUUUUUGAAAAAGAUCAUCACCAUGGAUUUCCCACCAUGGAGAGCGCAGUCAUAUAUUUAUUUUCUUCUGUUUAUCUAUUUAUUGGGAUCUUUCUAUUAUUAGUUUUAUUUUUAAAAAGCUGAUCAAAAUGGUGAAAAAUUCUGUCUCCUGACAAUAAAUUAUUGGGCCCUGUCUUUUAUAGCAGUAGCCUGUCUCUUCAUCAGCUGAUGAUGUUUCAGGUGUAGUACGUUAUGUAAGUCUGCUAUUUGAGGUGGUUCAAGUCCACUGAACAUGUGUAUUGACUUCUGCUACCCAGGAGUGAAAAACUAACCAGGGUCCAAAGAAACACGUAAAAAUUAUUAACCUGGACCUCUUUCAGUGAUUCCAGGGAACUUGAUCAACCUGGAAGCAACAUUUAAAGAAAUGAGGGUUGACUUAAGACUUCUGCACAGAAGAAGUCUUAAAUGUAAUGGGGACAUUUAUAAAUAUGUUUAUACUGCUGGGGAGAAAAAUAAAAGAGACAUAUAUCUAGAUUUUUAUUAUUUUUUUGGUUGACGCUGCUUUUUGUGUGGAAUCAUGUAAAUACUUUUAACGCUGCUUUUUUUUUUUGCAGUGGGAGAAACAAGAUAUAUCAUGUCUUAUUUUGUACAGAUAAAAGAAUGUAUAUGUUAUACUUUAAUGGAUUUAGUUAGAUGUACUGUAGUAGUUUUGUUUUUUUUCUGAGUGAGACACUCACCGAUAUUCUCUCCUGGAUCAGAUAAGCCGCCAGGAAACUUCCAGGCAUUCUUGGUCUGGAAUCAAAACAGAAAUCUGACAUUUUACAGGAGUCGUGACAAAAUGCCGCUGCUGGAAAUGAAUCACAGACAGAAACCAACACAAACAUAGAAUCACCUGCUUCUCUCCAUAAAUAUUCCACAUGUAUUUUGUAGUUCGCAUUAGCGCUGAUAAACACACAGGAAGGGGAAAGGUUCUUUAACUGCGCUGAAGCGACUCUGAUGAAGCUGCUUCACCACACUCUGACAGUUAACAGAAUGCUGCUGGUUAAAUUAUGAAGUCUGAGUGUAUUUUUGUAGUUACCUCUUUUUUUUUGUGAGGAGCACUAAAGCACCGCAGCUUUUGUUGUCAUGUAAAGCUGAUAACAGCCAUUGUGUUAUCAGAAAUAAAGAGAUUCUUUACUGCUUGA